ACCAAAGCAAUACCGAGUUCAAAUCAGUUUUCACUUUGAGUUUGUUGGCGAACAACUAACCAGGCAGCCUGGCGGAAGUCGUUUAGACUUGGUAAACUUGUGUAAACGUUUGGUGGUUGGGGACCAAAAGCACGGAUGGUGCUGAUGACGACGACUGCUUCGACGACGAUGUUGAUGUUAAUGCGUUUAGCAAUAUUUUCCGUGAUAUUGAGCGUGAUGGCAAUGGUCAUUUGUGUAAGACAAGAACAACAGCGACAACAAGGAUAACAGCAACAGGAAUCUGAACAACAAACGGACAACGACGACGACGAAGAGCAGCUGGACCAACAAACCAGCCUUGAAGAGCCUCACCAUCAUCAUCAUCAGCAGCAUCAUAAUUUAUCAAUUAUGCAAAAUUUUCCUGACCCGGAAUUACCUGUUCUCCUGCAGCAUGCCAUUGCGGCAUGUUGCAGCAUUGUGGCCGAUUAUUUUGCCGCGAAAUCGAACAGUUUCAUGCUGAGCACCAAUAUCGAAGAGAAAAUUCUACAGCCGCACAUACGCGACUUCAUCAAUAAUGUGUUGCUUUGCCUGGAUUCGAUUAAGGUGGAAGUGGAGAAUUUGCAUGGCGAACGGGGUCCCUCCUUUAAUCGCAAAUACAAUCUAAUUGUGGUGGACAGUGUGGAGGCUUUAAGACGUUUAGAUCCCGGCCACAGUACACGAGAUUAUGACAUCCAAGAAGUCUAUUUGGUCUAUCUAAUGAAUGCUUCUCGUUUUCCCAAUCUGGAAAUUCAAUUACGUGACAUUUUCGCAUAUUUUUGGCAAAAUUAUAUUGUCAACGUCACCGUGGUCAUUGUGAACACACGAACGGGCAGUGUAGAGGCCUUGACAUAUUAUCCUUUUUACAAUAACGUGUCCUGUAAAUUUGUGCAUGUCCAACACAUAAAUAGUUUUCUUGGUGUUUGGGUGAAGCCAUUGCAUGAGAACAUUUUCCCUGAGAAAAUCGCCAAUUUACAUCAAUGUCCGUUGACAGUGGCCGUUUGGGAAACGCCACCCUAUUUAAGUUAUCGUCCGGAGGAUAAUGGUUUCUAUGAAAUUGAUUAUUUCGAAGCGGACUUGCUAUUGGUUUUGGAGGAAAAAAUGAAUUUCACAUUGGAUUUGAAAGAGCCGCCGAAUAAUGAACAACGUGGCAAGGUCUUGGAAAAUGGUACAUCGACAGGAGCGCUAAGAAUGCUCCAAGAACGCACUGCUGAUUUCAGUUUGGGAUCAUUCCGCUACACCCUGGAGAGGUCACAACUGAUGACGGCGGCAUUGCCAUACUAUCAAACAUGGCAAAUAUAUGGAUUUAUGCGCACUGCACAACCCUAUACCUCCCUGGAAAUUUUAGUAUUCGCCUUCGAUGACAAAACGUGGCUUUGUUUAAUCUUAAGUAUUCAAAUCGUCAUGGCAAUAGGUUACCUGCUACAAUUUCAAUAUAGAAAAUGUACACUGGUACGGAUAAUACUGGGUCAUCCGAGGCCGACGACACCGGUUACAAAUAUUGUUAAACUAUUUUUCGGUCAAGGUUUAGAAAUAUUGCCGAGAUCAAAUUUCACCCGAUUUGUCCUUGUAUUAUGGGAUGUUUAUGGCUUACUCAUGCGUACCGCUUAUCAAUCGAUGUUGUUCCAACUGCUAAAGGGAAAUCUCUAUCACGAUCCACCACAAAGUCUUUCAGAUUUAAUAGACAAGGGCUGUAAACUGGUGACAACGGAGGGCACAUUUGACUCGAUUGGCACCGUACCGCGCAUAGAACAAGGCCUCAUCGAGGUCAUUAAAAUCAAAAACACCUCGGAACAGAGUACAUUUUUCUAUAUGGAAGAAAAUACGAGAGAGGGAAAUUGCUUGUCUGGCAUAUCGCCGAUGGAUUUUCUAACUUAUCACGCCACAAGGGAAAAAAAGCGUGGGGUAUUUUUCGCCCUGCCCGAAAAGAUUUUCACCCAACACAUAACCAUGUAUUUCUCGAAGCAUUCGUUUCUCAUAAAUCGUAUUAAUUUUUUGCUAAUGAGUUUACGUAGCAUGGGCCUCAUAGAUUUUUGGGCCCGACAAAGUUUGGAUACAAGUUAUUUUGAUGCACCCAACGAUGUCCAUUUUGUGGCGGUGGAAUUUGCAAAGAUCAAAGGGGUGUUUGUAACCUAUCUUGCGCUGAUGUUGGUGGCUUCGAUUGUAUUUUGUUUAGAAGUGAUUUUAUUUUAUUUUAAGAAAAUGUUGUAGCCUCUAAAAUGUUGAGAAAUAAAGAUAAGAAAAUGGUGUGUGUAGCAUUGUUUUAAUUUAA